CUGACUCGUCGACUGUAUCGCCUGGGACUGUCGAGCUCAGUGCGAGGGUCGUCGUAGAUCAACCGGUGAGCGGACAUCGGUGGCAGUGGAGACUCUACUCUCUAGACUGUUGACGAGUGUUGUGUAGAGUCAACAGUGCAGACUGCAGUACUGCAGCCACUACUCACUAGUCACUGCAUGCAGUGCAACACCUACCCCUUUUUUGUUUAUUUUCGUUCACCAACACAGUGUCCGCGAUAUUCGAGUGUGAGCCAGCGGCACGUAACGUCGCGUUAGAGACUGUGUUUGGCCCAAGUCACACAAGUCAUUGUGGACAAGAGCGACGCUAACUCACUUUUACUUGGUGUGCCGUGGCCGUGGAUGGUCGGGCCACCUGAAGGGGCUCUUCAAUACUCGUACUGUAGCAGAGUUGCAACCGGAGUGUCGACGUCGGUGUGCUAGCUCAGUGUAACCAUGUCGGAGUCAGCAGGCGGGAAGGACGAUGAUGUUCGAAAGCACUAUGAAGUUUUGGACCAACUUGGCAGAGGUGUAACAUCUGUUGUCAAACGCUGCAAGCAUAGACAAACUGGCAAGGAGUAUGCCCUCAAAUGUAUCGACAAAGAGACGUUUAAAAAGAUCGCCGAAGUCGAAGUAGAUAUAAUGAUCGGACUUGAUCACCCUAAUAUAAUCAAACUGAGAGAAAUGUUCGAGACAAGCAAUGAAGUUCAGCUCAUCCUGGAACUGGUCACCGGCGGUGAACUAUUUGAUAGAAUUAUUGACAGAGGGUCGUACACAGAAAAGGAUGCGUCAGAUGCAGUACGUCAGGUCCUGGAGGCCGUAGCGUAUCUUCACGAACGCAAGAUCAUCCAUCGCGAUUUGAAGCCGGAGAAUCUACUAUAUGAAAGUGCAGAGCCGGAUGCACCGAUCAAGCUAGCUGACUUUGGCCUGUCCCGUGUGAUGAACGCAUCAACGGCCAAGAUGACAGUCUGCGGAACACCUGGAUAUGUCGCACCUGAAGUUCUCAGAGGCAAGGCCUACAACAGCGCAGUCGACCUGUGGGCAAUCGGUGUCAUUGCAUACAUUCUGUUGUGCGGUUUUGAGCCUUUCUUUGAGGAGGACGAUCAACGCAUGUUCAUGCGUAUCAUUCAGUGUGACUUUGAGUUCGUUCCGCCCUACUGGGAUCACAUCAGCGGAGAUGCAAAGGACUUGAUUUCCAAGCUGCUGGUGUUAAAUCCACAGCAGAGGCUGACGGCCAGUCAGGCAUUGCAGCAUCCAUGGGUGAAGGGUGACACGACACCCACUGUACGGCUCGACAAGACGCUGGAAAACCUGAGAGAGUUCAACAGCGCUCGCAAGAAGUUCAAGCUGCCUGGCGUGGUCGUGUGCACCUGCAGAAAGCGAUCGGCGGCAUUAUCGCCAUGCAGCGCAUAGCACGGUCCACAUCCACAUCGAAGACCUCUGAGCAAGGAUAGGCUGGCCGACUGGUAGCAGUGGGCGAGAUUCUGACUCUGCCACCCACCAAUGCCCUCGGUGCAUGGAUCAUGUGAUGGUGAUGUGAUCCACUCUUCCCUGAUAUAGCACUUGUAUGCUCCACCUGUUUGUGAAGUAAGAACACGUGCCAACCUGCAACCAUGCCAACCGAAUGCGUACCAUGACCCCACUUUAUACACCAUGUCCCUUGAAUCUCUAACCGCCGUUUGGCUAAACGAGAGAUCUCUUUUUUCAGUAAUGUCCCUGAUUUCACUUGUAGCAUGUAGUAGCUGCCAUCGUUUCUUUCCGCAGUAUGACUACACAAGCAGCUAUACUUUAGUACGUUUCCGGCGUCGAUAUUCAUCGGAGCCGCCAGUCUAACUAUGAGGCACACAUUGCCGACCCCAUUCACGCUGGACACCUUAGCACCUGCCAGUGUGUAGUUUGUUGCAGUCCGUUGCUCCGGCAAGCCAACACCUUUUCCGCAUUGGCGUUGAUUCUGCAGUGCUUUCUUGUGCACAAUACUUACAGUGCCUGUCUAGUGUUCGUGCUCCGCAAGAAAGUUAGAUGGCCCUGCACUUUUUUUUUGUGGUCUCAGCGCUACUGACCCUUGGUAGUACUGGUGUACUGGCGUGCUGCAUCAUUCUGUACAUAGUUUAUAACCGGCGUUGCUUUUCGACAUGUGCAUGAGAUGUGCAGUCUUCUCCGUUUGAGAUGACCUAGCAGCAUCGCUACCAGUAUCUAACGCUAUCAGAACAGCCUCUAUCCUUCCAAACACUUGAUCAGAAUCCUAUUGCCAUGCAGCUCGCUUGUUUCAGUUUGCGAUAUGGAGCGUUUAGCCGCUGACUCCCUGCUGCUCAAGUUUGUUGGUCUUUUCGAACACUUAGCAUGAUCUAUCAGUUUCCUUCAGUGAAUACCCCAUGUUGUAACCACUUUAUGGGUGCAGCUUUUCGUUAGCAAAACUUCCGCUGGGAAUUUAUUUCGUUUUUUCUACUUCAAAGUACAGGUUACCUAGAA